AGAAAAUUAUAGGAAACGGGGCGUUUUGGGGAGGAGUUGCUUGAAUAAAAGUCAACACGCUUUGGACCAAAAUCAGCCGAAUUUAAGACCCACAGCCGCGACGCAAUCGGAAAUCGAACUCCGGACUCCGCAGUCCGUACGCUCCGCUGUAAGAGGAAUAGAAAAGUAAUAAGAAAGAGAUUAUCGAUAGUAUUCUUGAAGCAGAGAAAGGAAAAAGGAGAGGAGGAUGUUGGAAAACCCUACACCCACCGCACCUGAUUCCGCCCCUGCAAUCAAGCGCUACGCUCCUCCCAAUCAACGAAAUCGUUCUCUCGGCCGCCGUAAAUCUGGAGAUUGGUUUGAUUGGACUAACAAUGUUUAUGGGAAUGAUUCAGAGAAGAAUCAAGGUGCUGCCACGUCGAGAAAUAAUAAUCCACUCGGGGAUGCCGGGAGCAGUGCUAUCCUCAAUGAUGACCACCUUCGUCCGGCUUUAAUACCUUUAGAAGGCUGCUCUAGAAGUGAAGCUUCUCGCCUUUUAAGCAGUCGUUGGGCAGCUGUCUUACGACAAUACCGCGAUACAUCAAUUGACUUGUCUGAAAGACCAGUUAUGUACUCUGGAAGUAGUGAUUCAGCCUGGAGGAAUUUGAGACUUCCCCAUCAGAUGAUGUCCCCAACAAACAGUACUGGACCUUCAUCUGGUUCACAGAUGGACUUCUUGGGUGAACUUCGUCGUGCAAUUCGCAAUACCACUUCUGAGAACUAAAAACCGACACAAUCUGACAUUUGUGGACGUGGACUUAUGAAGUACUUUAUGAGCUUUGGACUCAAAGUACCUGUUGUAUGUGUUUAUUAGUUACUUAAAUGCUACUUGUUUGGGCCAUCAUGUUAUUUACUGUAAAGCAUGGUCCAGGCAUUUGCGAACUCCCUGGUCCUCGGACACAUAAUUUAGAUGAAAAAUUUAUGACCUCUGUUAUCUAUACAAUGUUCUAUUAUUAUUAUUAUUAUUAUUUUGAGAAGGAUAAGGGAGAGACAGUGUGGAUUGUGGAAUAACGUGUUAAA